GCCAUGUCCUACGAUCCACGAGGUGACCAUGUCGCCGGUCACAGCGCACCCUUUGAAGGAACUGGUUUUAUCAGAGUUCGAGGGCGACGUCCUGUUACCGACUAUGGAACUUCAAUGGUGCAAUGGAUGCGCAAUCGCAGGCCGCGAUACAGAGGUGCUCCAGUCUGCGAAAUGGAGCGGCCCAGUGCCAGCUACAUAAUGGACAUUUUACCACCGGCCGCCAAUCUUCAGAAUUCAACAGAUGCGAUACCCUCAAAACACUUACAUUCGUCACUAAACAAAAUCAAACACCCAAUCAACAUUGUUCGAUGGACACCCGAAGGACGACGACUUCUCACCGGGUCGAGCAGUGGUGAAUUUACAUUAUGGAAUGGAAUGGGAUUCAAUUUUGAAACCAUUAUGCAAGCUCACGAUGCCGCCAUCCGCGCUGCCUCGUACUCCCACAACGACGAGUGGCUUGUAUCAGCGGACCAAGACGGAGUCGUCAAAUACUGGCAGACAAACUUUAACAAUGUCAAGGCAAUCCAAGCGCACAACGAUCCCAUUCGCGACCUCGCCUUUUCACCAACCGACUCCAAAUUCGUCACUGCCUCGGACGACGCCUCCCUUAAGAUCUUUGAUUUCGCCGGCGGUAUCGAAGAAUCUGUACUGACGGGACACAACUGGGACGCCAAAACCGUGGACUGGCACCCAACCAAGGGACUACUCGUUUCUGGGUCAAAAGAUCAUCAGGUCAAGCUCUGGGAUCCACGAACCGGCCGGUGCUUGACUACGCUCUACGGACACAAGAACACAAUCUCCAAAACCGCAUUCGAGCCACGCCGGGGCCAAUUGCUCGCAACAUGUGCGCGAGACCAAACGGCGCGCGUAUUUGACCUGCGCAUGAUGCGCGACGUGUGUCUGUUACGAGGCCACGAAAAGGACGUAUCAACAAUAACAUGGCAUCCUAUCCACGCCAAUCUCCUCUCCACCGGCGGCGCCGACGGCAGUCUCUUCCACUACCUCCUCGACGAGCCCAACCAGCCUCCAGGCACCGAGCCAUCUGUUCCACCAUACGACACUCCCGAUCCCCUCAACGCACCCGCCCAAACCAUCUAUCCCGCCCACCGUGUCCCCUACGCUCACGAUUUCGCCAUCUGGUCACUCGACUGGCAUCCCCUGGGCCACAUUCUCGCCUCUGGAUCCAACGACCGCGUUACCCGAUUCUGGUCCCGCGCCAGACCAGGCGAGACAGACUGCUUUAUCGACCGGUAUCACAUUGGCGAAGCAGCCGCGGAGGCGCAAGGCACAUGGGACCGCCGGGGCGGACGGCGCCAGAUGCGCGAAGACGAAGAAGCCGAAAUGGAAGACGAAGCCGAAGGACUCGUCGAUCAGAAAAUGCCCACGCGGCAACCAAUGCUACCUGGCAUCCCAGGUCUGCCUGUCCCCGCCAGCGCACUUGCCGAUCUCCCCAGACCACCUGGUAUCGGCGGUGGUGCUGCAGGCGGCGUCCCCUCGUUGCCGACGCAGAUUCCUGGAAUGGGCAAUCUCGCGGCGCCACCACCUCCUAUCCUGCCCGGUCUGAGCGGUCUAGUGGGCGGUGCUGCGGGUGCUGUACCUCCUCCUCCUCCUGUUCCUCCUGGAGCUGCCCCCGCCGGUGGCACAGGAAUCCCCGGAUUCGGAGUCGGUGUAUCGACCACUGGUCCCGCCCCACCCGGCGGUGGUCCCAGUGGUAAUGUCGUUCCUCCCCCACCUCCUCCUCCUCUAGGAUCUCUCCCUGGCCUAAACAUCCCCGGUCUCGACCCUUCUAAACUCGCUGCCAUGAUUGGAUCUCUCCCUCCUCCUCCGCCUCCUCCUCCUCAUCCAUCUUCAACGGGCCCUGCCCACGCUCCAGCUCCUCCUUCUUCAUCAACUUCAACUUCUACUCCUCCGGUUAUCCCUCCGCCCCCUCCUCAUCAUCUAUCCUCUACGCCGUCUAGUGUACCCCCUCCGCCGCCCGUUCUCCCCGGCACCGCUCCUGCGCCUUUCCCCGGCGGCAUUCUCCCGCCGGGGUUACUCCCGCCGAACUUCCAGUUUCCGCCUGGCUUUCCCAUUCCCAAUCUUGCAGGUACAGGUGCUGGCGGUUCUGCUGGUCCUGGCGGCCCCGGUGUUAGCACACCUCCUGUGGGAUACAGCGGUGAUAAUCAGCCCGGCUCGUCUGGACACAAUACUCCUGUUGGUGCUUUUGGGGGUGGUGGUGGUGGAGGUGGUAUCCCCGGCCUCAGCGCGCCCGGAGGCGGCGGCGGCGGCGGCGGAGGCGGCGUAGGAGACGACAUGUCCGGUCUAGGUCUUUCUCUCGGCCCCCAGCGCAGACGCACACCACUGCCCAGCCAGCGAGACAGUUUGAAAGAGGAGCAAAAGCGUGGCCAUUACCGCAUUUCUCGAUGAUUUUAGGUCCUAAUUUCCUUUAUUUUCUCUUUUCUUUUUUCUUCUUUGAUUUUAUUCAAAGUCUUAAAAGGUCAUAUAGGGCUGACCGUUGACAUGUUGCCUUUUCAAUAACACAUUUUUUUUCUUUCUUCUUUUUCUUUUUUUCUUCAAAAAAACAAUUGCAUCUUAAUCAAAAGU